CCCGCCUGCUCUGUUGUUGUUGGGGUCGACCAGAAGCUAACCGCUAGCGGCUAACAGCUCGCAGUGUGAUGAUGCGCUCGGACCGGUUCGGCCGCCGCUGACUCGGUCCUGGUUUCUCGGCUCGGACCGACCCGCGCCUUCUGUCCGGGCCCGGUUUUCUCGCUGCUGCGUGGAGAUUUCGUUUAGCUUUACGUGCUAGCGUCCGUUCGGACGAUGUGUGGUCGGCCGCUCAGCCACCGUUAGCAGGGUUAAUGUCCGUGCGAGCCGCGGUGCUCGGACACCCACCGACCCCACAGCCGGAGAGCCGAGCCACGGAUGCUGCCAGCGGCUAGCCGCCCCGCCGCUUCGUUUCACCCCGACAGCCCCGCUGCUGGCCCCGCAUCUUUUGUUUCCGAUGCUAAGCUAGCGGCUAAAGGCCGGCUCGGGUUUGAUGACAUGUCGCGCGCUCUGCAGUGACCUUGGGACUUCUCAGCUUCAUCGUCUGCAUCACAACGACGUGCGGGUCAGAAUGGCCCUGCUCCACCUGCUGCUGCUCACAGGAUUCGCUGCUGCUGCUCAAAGGAACGACAACGUCUAUGUGUCUGGCGUUUCUAAUGCUUGCGGUGAGGUUGCAGAGCUCCUCCGUGCUUCCAGUGGAGUCAUCACCAGUCCUGGAUGGCCUUUCCAGUAUCCCACCCGCCUCAACUGCAGCUGGAACAUCAGGGCGCGGCCCGGGGACGCCAUCACUGUCAGCUUCCAGGACUUCGACCUGCAGGGUUCGCACCGCUGCUCCUCGGACUGGAUGUCCAUCAGCAGCUACCGGAGCCUGGACGGGCUGCGGGUGUGCGGCUCGGCGCUGCCGGCGCCGUACAUCACGGCUCAGGACCACGUGUGGAUCCACUUCCACUCCGACGACAGCCUGACGGGGAAAGGCUUCCGACUGUCCUACAUCAGCGGCCAGCUGGCGGCCUCCAGCUGCGAUGUGGACCAGUUCCACUGCUCCAACGGGAAGUGCGUCCCGGACUGGUGGCGCUGUAACUCCAUGGACGAGUGCGGCGACAACUCGGACGAGGCGCUGUGCGUCGACGCCCCCUUCUCCUUCCAGCCCUGCAGCCUCAACCAGUUCCCCUGCCUGUCCCGCUACACCCGCGUCUACACCUGCCUGCCGCACAGCCUGCGCUGCGACGGCAGCAUCGACUGCCAGGACCUGGGCGAUGAGAUCGACUGCGACCUCCCCAGCUGUGGAGAGUGGUUGAGGAACUUCUACGGUUCUUUCAGUUCUCCAAACUACCCCGACUUUUACCCCCCGGGGAGCAACUGCACCUGGCUGAUCGACACCGGAGACCACCGCAAGGUCAUCCUCAGGUUCACGGACUUCAAACUAGACGGGACCGGCUACGGCGACUACGUCAAGGUGUACGACGGUCUGGAGGAGAACCCCCGCCGCCUGCUGCGGGUUCUGACGGCGUUUGAUUCCCGGGCGCCGGUCGCCGUGGUUUCCUCGUCGGGUCAGCUCAGGAUUCACUUCUACGCCGAUAAAAUCAACGCCGCCAGAGGGUUCAACGUCACCUACCAGGUGGAGGGCUUCUGCCUGCCCUGGGAGGUGCCCUGCGGGGGCAACUGGGGCUGCUACACCGAGCAGCAGCGCUGCGACGGCUUCUGGCACUGCCCCAACGGGCGGGACGAGCAGAACUGCUCGGCCUGCCAGGAGGACGAGUUCCCCUGCUCCCGCAACGGCGCCUGCUACCCCCCGUCGGACCGCUGCAACUACCAGAACCGCUGCCCCAACGGGUCGGACGAGAAGAACUGCUUCUUCUGCCAGCCGGGAAACUUCCACUGCAAGAAUAACCGCUGCGUGUUCGAGUCGUGGGUGUGCGACGCGCAGGACGACUGCGGCGACGGCAGCGACGAGGAGAGCUGCCCGGUGGUGGUGCCCACCCGGGUGAUCACGGCGGCCGUCAUCGGCAGCCUGGUGUGCGGCCUGCUGCUGGUCAUCGCGCUCGGCUGCACCUGCAAGCUCUACUCGCUGCGCAUGUUCGAGCGCCGCUCCUUCGAGACGCAGCUGUCCAGAGUGGAGGCGGAGCUGCUGAGGAGGGAAGCCCCGCCCUCUUAUGGUCAGCUGAUCGCGCAGGGCCUCAUCCCGCCCGUGGAGGACUUCCCGGUGUGCUCGGGCAGCCAGGCGUCCGUCCUGGAGAACCUCCGCCUGGCGGUGCGCUCUCAGCUGGGCUUCACCUCGCUGCGCCUGCCUUCGUCCGGUCGCCAUAGCAACCUGUGGCGCCGGCUCUUCAGCUUCUCUCGCUCGCGGCGGUCUGGCUCUCUGGCUCUGGUCUCUUCCGACCUGGAGGACGGCGGCGGCGGCGGCGGCGGCGGGAGCCCCGGCUCGGACCUGCUGUCUCCGGACUCGGACGACACGGACACGGAAGGCGAGCGCGUGCAGGAGCGCGGCGGCGGUGGCGGGGCGGCGGGGGGGCCGGUGUCCCCGCUCCCGCAGAAAGUCCCGCCCCCCUCCACGGUGGAGGCGGUCGCCUCCGCCAUGUUGUCGGCAUCCUCGGGCCGGGACGGACGGCGGGAGGCCACGCCCCCUUCCAGCCCCGUCGCUAUGGGAACCUCCCAUCUGGAUUCAGAGGUCGAGGCCCCGCCCACUUCCACCCUGCAGCGCCUGGCCCACAACUUGAACCGCCUCGCCAGGAACUGGACCCGAUCGGGCCCGAGUCCGGCUCAGAGCUGGACCAACCACAGCCCGCUGCACCAGCUGGAGACGGGAAGGGCCGGGGCCGGGGGCGGGGCCGAGGCCGGCGAGCGGCGCGGCGGCGAAGACGAUGAAGACGUGGAGCUCCUGGUCCCCGCGUCCGACUCCGACGCCUCGUCCUCAUCCUCACUGCCGGCCGACGCCCGGCAGCCGCUCCUGGAGCCACGCCCCUCCGACGCCGCGUCCCACGCCCCCCGCCGUCACCGUAGAAACGGCAGCGGUCCCUGUGAACACUGCGGGAUGGUCCACACCGCGCAGGUCCCCCAGGCCUGCAGGGAGGUGGCGGCCAAGACGGAGAGCAGCGACGACGAACUGCUGCUGCUGUGCUAACAUGCUAACAUGCUAGCAUGCUAGCUGUCAGCUUCAUGAACAGUUAGCAUGACGUGCUAACCUGUCGGCGAUGUCCGGUUGACGUGGUGAUGGGGUGAUUACGGUACGAACUUUCCAGCUGUCCCUGUCCGUCUGUUACACCGUUCCCCCGGUGCGACUGUAUAUAGCGUCCUGACUGGACCCUGGUCCCUGAGAGCGUCCUGACUGGACCCUG